AUGGUGACCAUGAUGAUGAUGGGGAUGGUGAUGACAAUGAUGUUGAUGAUGGCAGCUGGGAUUUGCCCCGGAGUUUGGGGGAGGGUCUCCUCCGCCCCCGACUCGGUGGACCGAUGGGAACUACAUUACCCAGGAGAUUGUGUGCGGACCGGCCUUGUUCUCCACACCAGUGAUGGACCCGAACAGGGGCUCUUCCGGGACUGUGAACUAGGAGUGGGCGGGACUUCCGGCUCCUUCCUGAAGGAGGUCGUUUGUCUGCUUUUGCUGCCGUCUGCAGGACCCGAGGCUCAGGAUCACUCGGUGGAGCCGAGUUUAGAGAAACUGGAAAGAACCCGAGGGGCGCCGUCCGCACUGCCCAGGAGUGAGCGGGUUGCGGAACCCACUUCCGGGAUUUUCGGCCUAGGUCUCCGCCAUUAUCCUGCGCAUCUCCUGGCACCACCGCGCCCACAGGGUCCUAUGUCAACCAACGCGGUGCAGGACCCGGCCCAGAGUCCAUGGCUUUGCUUUUCAUUGGCUGAGUCCUUUCCAGGAAAGAAGGAGUCUUCAUCCUUUUGGAUUCCGUUAUUGUUUCAGGUUCCCAUGGUAGCAGCAGCAUUUAUGGCCCCUGGACAGGGCCAUGUGAUCUUUGAGGAUGUGGCUGUGUCCUUCUCCCAGGAGGAGUGGGGUCUCCUUAACAAUGCUCAGAGACUCCUGUACUGUGACGUGAUGCUGGAGAACCUGUCACUUAUAGCCUCCCUGGGUUGUUGGCAUGGAGUAGAAGCUGAGGAGGCCGUUUCUGAACAAUGUGUUUCUGUAGAACAAGUGACAGAAAACAGGAAUCCAAAGCUGGAGCCAUCUAUCCUGAAGCCUCUUACUUCUGUUACGAGUGUCCUGGCGGAGAAAGAUGUUUUGUACUUGGCUGACAAUAUGUUCACGUGCGGAGACGUUGAGAAGGCUUUCCUAGGCAGCUUGGGCUUUCCCCAGCACCAGCCCUCCCAUGAUGGAGAGCAUCCACGUAGAAGCAGGCAGAGCAGGGAGGUCUCUCACCCUGGGCAAGGGCAUCACAAGUGCAGCGAAUGUGGUAAAGCCUUCAGUAAAAAGUUUAAAUUCACGGAGCACCUGAGAGUUCACACUGGAGAAAAACCUUAUGAGUGCAGUGACUGCGGGAAGUUCUUUAGACACAGCUCCAGUCUUAUUCAUCAUCGGAAAGUUCACACAGGAGAAAGGCCUUAUGAAUGCUGUAAUUGUGGGAAAGUCUUUGCCCACAAAUAUAAACUUUUUGAGCACCAGAGAAUCCACACUGGAAAAAGACCAUAUGAGUGUAAUGAAUGUGGGAAAGCCUUCCUUCGCAAGGAUUCACUUGUUCAGCACCAAAAAAUCCACACUGGAGAAAAUCCUCAUAAGUGCGGUGAAUGUGGAAAGUGCUUCCUGUACAAAAAUAACCUUCUUGUGCACCAGAGGAUCCACAGUGGAGAAAGGCCUUAUGGGUGUAGCAAAUGUGGAAAGUCCUUUGUCUUCAAAAAAAGGCUUCUUUAUCACCAGCGAAUCCACACUGGAGAAAGGCCUUACAUGUGCAGUGAAUGUGGGAAAGCCUAUGUCUACAAAGGAAGUCUUAUUGUUCAUAAGAGAAUUCACACUUUAGAGAAGGCUUAUGGGUGUAACAAAUGUGGGAAAUUCUUUACAAGCAGUUUUGCCCUCAAUAGACAUGAGAAUGUUCACACUGCACAAAGGUGUUAUGAGUGCAGCGAAUGUGGGAAAGCUCUCAAUGGCAAAGUUAAACUUGCUGAGCACCAGAGAAUCCAUACUGGAGAAAGACCCUAUAAGUGUAAUGAAUGUGAGAAAGCCUUCAUGCGCAAGUAUACACUUGUUCAGCACCAAAAAGUCCACACUGGAGUAAAGCCUUUUAAAUGCAGUGAAUGUGGGAAGCCCUUCACUUACAAAACAAGUCUUGUUGUCCACCAGAGAAUCCACACUGGAGAAAGGCCUUAUAUGUGCAGUGAAUGUGGGGAAGUCUUUGUCUACAGAAGAAGUCUUGUUGUCCAUCAGAGAAUCCACACUAGAGAAAAGCCUUAUGAAUGUAGUUCUUUGUAAGCAGCUCCAAGCUCACAAAAAACAAAGUUCACACUGGGGCAAUGCCUUCUGGACUUAUGCUUUCCUUCACUUGAGUUAAUAUCUAGCAGCACAACUCCUAUGUAGUAGAGUAGGUGAAUGUAUACCUUAUAUGUGGCCAGUCAAACUUUUCUAAAAUGGUAGUAUCUUUUUAUAGUCUCACGAGAAGCAGCAGAACAUGAGUUCCUGUUUUUUACAUUUUUACCAACACUUGGUAUGUUCAGGCUUUCUAAUUUCAGUGAUGUCAUAGGUGUAUCUAGUGAUUUUAACUAACAUUUCCCUAUUGACACAAUGUGAGUGGUUUUCCAUGUGUUAAUUUCCAACCAUAUUUCUUUUUUUCUUUUUAGUUUUUAUUGGAGUAUAGUUAAUUUACAAUGCUGUGUUUCAGGUGUACAGCAAAGUGAAUCAGACAGCCAUAUUUCUUUUUUGAAAUUUCUGUUCAUAUAAUUUUGUCAUCUUAAUUACUGAGUUUUGAUGUUUCUUCAUGGAUUAUUGAUUAAGGUCCUCUAAUGGAAAUAUUUACCAAUAUUCUUCCAGACUUGUUCUUCUCAUUUUAGUCACUUUUCCAGAGAAAGACUUUAUUUUUUUUGGGGGGGGGGUGGUUUUGGACAUGCUGUGGCAUGCAGGAUCUUACUUCCCCAACCAGGGAUUGAACCUGUGCCCCCUGCCAGGGAAGCACAGAGUCCUAAUCACUGGAUCUCCAGGGAAUUCCUCAAUAUGAAGCUCAGAAUCCACUUUUCAAUUUGUGCAUCACAAAAAAAUCCUACUAGAAUUUUGACUGGGAUUGCAUUUAAUCUUCAAUUUAGAAAGAAAUACUGAGUGUCCCAAUCUAUAAACUUGAUAGAUCUCCUUUUAUUUAGAUCUUGCUUAAUUUUUAUUAGCAGUCUUUUUUAGUUUUCUGUUUGUAGGUCUUACACAUCUCCAGGUAUUUUCUACAUCUUAUUGUGAAAGGGAAUUUAAAAAAAUCUUCAAUUUAUGAAUUGUUCAUACCUAUUACACUUAGAGAGAUAUAAAACUAAGGACAGAAGUGAUCUUUCUUUUUUUUGGGGGGGGGGCAACGUGUGGGACCUCAGUUCCCUGGCCAGGAAUUGAACCUGGGCCAUGGCAGCAAAAGACCGGAAUCCUAACCACUAGGCAACCACGGAACUCCCUAGUAGUGAUCCUUCUUAAUCUUAUAAAUAACAUCUACAAAGAGCUAUUAGAAAUACUAUCCCUUUGAACCAUUAUUAAAGUAUUCCCAUUAGAAUAAAAGGAGGACAGCUGCUCUUUGUUCUCUUAUUCAGUAUCAUCCUGGAGUUCCAAUUUCAUUCAAUACAACAACAAAAAUAUACGACAAAAUAAUGAAUAUUUAGCAAUUGGA